AUGAAGGAAAAUCUAAAAACUGAUGAUCUAGAAAGUACAUUAUCAAGAAUUAAAGGGCGAAAAGGUGUAAUUGGAGUAAUUAUCUUAGAUAUUGAUGGUUCUCCUUUAGUUUCUACUUUUGAUAAUAAAACAACUCAAUUAUAUACUAAUAAUAUAUAUGAUAUCAUUAAAUCAGCUAAUGUCCUAGGAAAAGCUGCAGUUGGUCCACUUGAUGAGAUACAGCUUAUUAGAUUACACUUCAAGAAGCAUACUAUCCUAGUAGCUCCUGAUAAAAAAUUCACUUUUUUAACAGUACAAGAGACAAAUUAUUCUUAUUAUAAUGGGGAAGUAACACAUGAGAUAACAAAAGAUAAUAUAUAG